UCCACCACCCCCAUCCACCAUCCCCAUCCCCCAUCCACCACCCCCAUCCACUCCACCAUCCUCAUCCACCAUCCUCAUCCACCAUCCCCAUCCACUAUCCCCAUCCACCACCCCCAUUCACCACCCCCAUCCACCACCCCCAUC